UAUACAGUGGACAUCUCAUAACUUCCUUCUUUUGCAAAGUCGGCAAGCUCAUAUGGCCACGUCAAUGAGAGCUCUGUAGCAAUGAUCACCUACCCAGCAGACGAUCCGUGGUCAAUCCUGACAUACCAAUAUCGAUGAAUGACAACGUCGAUGUUCUCAUCCAAGCUCUCGGGUCUGUGGUCUAAAAAGCAAGUCAUAGACCUCGCCACUUUAGACUUCUACCUUUUCCAGAAAUAUCACCGAAGGCAUCUCAUCAAUGUUCAAACAUCCGAUGGAUACAGAUGCGAGUACUCGACAACACAAGACAGACUACUUACGCUUGCCAACAUCAUGAUAUUCUUCUUGACUUACUGUGGUAUCGAUCUUUUUCCUUUGCAGGAUUCUAUCGACUUGUCCGUCCAAGUGUGAAACAAUCCUACGCUGCUGUCACUUCUGUACAUUGAGGAUUUCAUUUGACUGCCUUUGGAAGUAUGAAACCAAGCGAAAUCUGAUGAAAGCUCGAGGUUCGAAAGAAAAUGAGAGCAUAGUCUAGAU